AUGAAGGCGGCGUCGAGGUCAAGCACAACUGACAGCGAUGUGGAGGAGCUCCCCCUUGUUGAUUGCCCAGAUUGUGGGAAACAUGUGAUUAAGCUACGAAGCAAGCAAGCGGCGACAUAUGGCAGAGUUUUCUACAAGUGUGAGGAGAAUGUGAAGGAUGAUCCAUUGACUUGUGGAUUCUACAAAUGGGAGAAUGAGUACAGGUCGUGGCUGCGGCGUAAACGUUUGCUGGAAGAUGUUAUCGUGCCCUGCUCUUCUGACGACAAGUUCCACAGUGGUCGCAAUGGAGAAGUGAAGCAACAAAUUUUGGAAUUGAAGCCUGAGAUUGCCCAUCUGACAAAUGAAAUCAGGGAGUUGAAGCAGCAAAUUGUGUCGUUGAGGACAAUGUUGUGCAUAGGGAAGAAAGGAGUUGUUGUUGACAGUGUGUGUGUUGCUUUAGUUGGUUGUUUGCUAGGUAUUGUGGUUGCAGUUCUGUGCAAGUAUUUAGAAGCUUGA